UGUUUGAACAGGAAGGCGGACAUGUUGGUCAGGCUGUGGGAGAAAAUCGGGCAUCGUCUGCUGUUUUUUUUUCUCGAAAACUAACCUUCAUCUAAAUCCUAUUUAUUCGUGUUUGAUCUGAGGGAUAAAGCAGUUUGGACUGGAAACAGCUGACAGUCAAUGACAAUGCACGGAUUACAGCGGAAGGACUGCCGUGAAACGUUGUAACGACUCCGUGUUUAAACAGAUCGAAAUUUGGAAGAAGCAGAAGUUUUUUUCCCACCACUUCUACUUUUGAGCUGUCAGAAUCGUUUGGCGUUUUCUGCAAAAGCCUGGCACAGAUAUGGAAACAGGCCUGGAAUAACCUUUUUGCCAGUUGUGCUUUUCAUAUGGACAUAACAUUUAAGUUUUAAUUGCCUUUUGUUCGGAUGCACCAACAUUUUAAGCCCUUAUCCUCUGUGGCAUCCUGCGGAGGCUGACUAAUCUGUCGCCGCAUUUAUCUUUUGCCACUGAAGUUGUCACUCAUACUUGGAAAAUAGCUUUAGACACUGAAAAAUGUGGAUUUUGUAUUUUCAGCAUAACGUGAAACGUUUCAUGGUCACUGAAAGCUCGAAGAGAACAAUGUAUUUUCUCUGAAGUGCAGCGGAAAGUUCACGCGAAGAAAGAAACAUUUGGCUAGCUAGCUACCGCAGGCAGCUAAGUUAGCUAGCCAGUCUUCUGCCUCGCCAGAGCUGUUUUUGUUCAUAACCCAACAUCGGGACUGAGUUCAACAGCAAAAAUGUCUGCUGGGGAAAGUAUGGAGGCUCGAUUUGAUAAAAUCGAUGCCAUGUUAAAGGACCCAAAAUCAGAAAUUAAUACGGAUUGUCUUCUGGAUGGCUUGGACGCGCUGGUUUACGACCUUGACUUCCCUGCCCUGAGGAAAAACAAGAGCAUUGACAACUUUUUGAAUAGAUAUAAAGAGACCAUUAGUAAAAUCCGUGACCUGCGCAUGAAAGCAGAGGACUAUGAGGUAGUUAAAGUUAUCGGAAGGGGAGCUUUUGGAGAGGUGCAAUUGGUAAGACACAAAGCCACAAGCAAAGUAUACGCUAUGAAGCUGCUGAGCAAGUUUGAAAUGAUCAAGAGGUCAGACUCAGCUUUCUUCUGGGAAGAGAGGGACAUUAUGGCUUUUGCAAAUAGUUCAUGGGUGGUGCAGCUUUUUUUUGCUUUCCAGGAUGACCGCUACCUCUACAUGGUGAUGGAAUACAUGCCAGGUGGCGAUUUGGUAAACUUAAUGAGCAACUAUGAUGUUCCAGAGAAGUGGGCACGCUUCUACACAGCUGAGGUGGUGCUGGCACUAGAUGGAAUCCAUGCCAUGGGGUUCAUCCACAGGGACGUGAAGCCAGAUAACAUGUUACUAGACAAAGCAGGGCACUUAAAACUGGCAGACUUUGGGACCUGCAUGAAAAUGAAUAAGGACGGCAUGGUACGAUGUGACACAGCAGUGGGAACUCCAGACUACAUUUCACCCGAGGUACUGAAAUCCCAAGGAGGGGACGGCUACUAUGGCAGAGAGUGUGACUGGUGGUCAGUGGGAGUGUUCCUGUAUGAGAUGCUAGUUGGUGAUACUCCAUUUUAUGCAGACUCCCUUGUGGGGACUUACAGCAAAAUUAUGAACCACAAGAAUGCCCUGACCUUCCCCGAUGACAGCGACAUCUCCAACGAUGCCAAGAAUCUCAUCUGUGCUUUCCUGACUGACAGGGAAGUUCGACUUGGUCGGAAUGGUGUGGAUGAGAUCAAGAGGCAUCCUUUCUUCAAGAACGACCAGUGGACGUGGGAGAACAUAAGAGAGACUGCUGCCCCAGUGGUGCCUGAACUGAGCAGUGACAUUGACACCAGUAACUUUGACGACAUCGAGGAGGAUCGGGGAGAGGAGGAGACCUUUCCCAUACCAAAGGCUUUUGUGGGCAACCAGCUUCCCUUUGUAGGCUUCACUUACUACAGCAACCAGCACCUGUUGCGCAGCUCCACCUGCACAAAGACCACUGACAAACGUAGCAGCACAAAGGAAGACAAGAGCCAUCUUGAGAACUUGCAAAAGAGGAUAUACCAGCUGGAGGAGCAGCUUCACAGUGAGAUGCAGCUAAAGGAUGAGUUGGAGCAGAGAUGCAGGACAUCAAGCACGAAGAUUGACAAGAUCAUGAAAGAACUGGAUGAAGAGGCAAACCUCAGGAAGAAUGCAGAGGCCAGCAUGUCUCUGCUGGAGAAAGACAAGAUCAUGAUGCAGCAUAGAUUCACAGAGUACCAAAGAAAGGCCGACCAGGAGGCUGAAAAAAGACGCAAUCUGGAGAAUGAGGUGUCAACUUUGAAAGAGCAACUUGAAGAUAUGAGGAAGAUCAGCCAAAACUCUCAAGCUUCAAAUGAUAAGAUUGUCCAGCUACAAAAUCAGCUGGAAGAGGCCAAUGACCUGCUGCGUGCGGAGUCUGACACUGCAGCCAGACUGAGGAAGAGUCACACCGAGAUGGCCAAGUCCAUGAGCCAGUUGGAGACUUUGAACCGUGAGCUACAGGAGAGGAGCCGUGCAGCAGAUGGAGAGAAGGCCCAGCUAGAUAAGGAGCUACUGCUCCUACAGAGCACGCUGGACUCGGAGAGGAGGAACUACAGCCAGGGCUCUGAGGAGAUCAGAGAGCUGCAAGCGAGGAUGGCUGGGCUACAAGAGGACAACAAAAACUUGAAGCUCAGUCUCUCUAAAGUGGAAUCAGAACGUAAACAGUCCCAGGAGAGGAGCAAUAAUCUUGAGAAGGAAAAAAAUAAUCUGGAGAUUGAUCUGAACUACAAGCUGAAGACGUUGCAGCAGCGUCUGGAGCAGGAACAGACUGAACACAGGGUGACGCGGGCACAACUCACAGACAAAUAUGAGUCUAUUGAAGAAGCCAAAUCAGCCGCCAUGAAUGCUGUUCAGCAGAAGAUGUCAGAGGAGAACGGGGCGAGGAUGCGAGCAGAGGGCCGAGUGGUGGAGGUUGAGAAGCAGUGUUCUAUGCUGGAGUUCGACCUCAAACAGUCUGUGCAGAAGAUGGAGCAGCUGAUGAAGCAAAAGGAAAGGCUGGAAGACGAGGUGAAGAAUCUGAGGAUACAGGUAGAACAGGAGUCAAGCAAGCGCAUUCAGGCCCAGAGUGACUUGAAGAGCCGCACACAGGAUGUUGACCGUCUAAGGUGUACAGAGAAGCAGCUCAAACAGGAGAUCAACUCAGCACUAGAGGGGAAACGCUCGCUGGAGUUUCAACUGGCUCAGCUCACCAAACAAUACAGGGGCAACGAGGGACAGAUGAGGGAACUUCAAGACCAGCUUGAGGCCGAACAGUAUUUUUCUACGCUUUACAAAACUCAGGUCAAAGAACUAAAAGAAGAGAUUGAUGAAAGGAACCGGCAGGUACAAGAGGCUCACAAAAAGGUGCAGGACUUGUGCAGUGAAAGGGACUCCUUGUCUGCCCAGCUGGAUCUGACAGUGACCAAGGCUGAGUCAGAGCAGCUCGCUCGGGCGCUACAGGAGGAGCAGUACUUUGAGCUUAGCCAGGAGAACAAGAAAGCAACAACUAGACAUAAGCAGGAGAUCGGGGAAAAGGAGGCCACAAUUGCUCGGCUUGAGGAAUCUAACAAAACACUGACCAAAGAUGUGGAGAACCUCAGUAAAGAGAAGACUGAGCUAAGUGAGAAACUGCAUACUCAAGAGGAAGAAUAUGCAGCUCAGAAGGAAGAGAUUACAAAUUCAAUCAAAGCUACUUAUGAAAAGGUUCUCAACACAGAGCGCACACUUAAGACACAGGCGGUAAACAAGCUGGCAGAGAUCAUGAACCGCAAGGACAUGAAGCUGGACCAGAAGAAGAAGGGCAGUACUGCCGAUCUGCGGAAGAAGGAGAAAGAGAACCGCAAACUUCAGCUGGAGCUUAACCAGGAGAAGGAGAAGUUUAACCACAUGGCCAUUAAGUAUCAGAAGGAAUUAAGCGAGAUGCAGGCGCAACUGGCAGAAGAAUGCACAUAUCGGAAUGAGCUCCAGAUGCAGUUGGACAGCAAGGAGAGUGACAUCGAGCAGCUCCGGGAGAAACUAAAUGACCUGCAACUGCGAAUGGAGAACUCUAGUGUCACCAGUUUGCAGACAGAUGAAACAGACAGUAACAUCGCAGAAUCCAGAUUGGAAGGCUGGCUGUCAAUUCCUAAUCGUGCUAAUAUCAAACGAUACGGAUGGAAGAAGCAGUAUGUGGUGGUGAGCAGUAAGAAGAUUCUGUUCUACAACGAUGAGCAGGAUAAAGAACAGUCAAAUCCCUCUAUGGUACUAGAUAUUGACAAACUAUUCCAUGUAAGACCAGUCACACAAGGAGAUGUGUACCGAGCAGAGACGGAGGAGAUUCCAAGAAUAUUCCAGAUUCUGUACGCCAACGAGGGCGAGUGCAGGAAGGAGGCGGACAUGGAGACAGUCCCUCAGGGUGACAAGACCAACUGUCUUCCACACAAAGGCCACGAGUUCAUCCCUACGCUAUAUCACUUCCCUUCCAACUGCGAGGCCUGCGCCAAACCUCUGUGGCACGUCUUCAAGCCACCGCCGGCCCUGGAGUGUCGCCGCUGCCACGUCAAGUGCCACAAAGACCACCUCGACAAAAAGGAAGAUGUUAUUGCUCCUUGCAAAGUAAACUACGAUGUGACCUCUGCCCGGGACAUGCUCCUGCUGGCCCUCACCCAAGACGAGCAGAAGAAAUGGAUCGGCCACCUUGGAAAGAAGAUUCCUAAAACUCCACCGACGACAUUUUCAAGAGCCUCACCUCGUUCUAUGUCUACUCGCUCUGGACCGAACCAGUCUUUCCGCAAGAACCCUAAAAGCAAUACAGGAAAGCUGAGCUAACCAUCUGAACCGUUGGAUUUUUUUUCUGGACUGUACUUUCCCUUCUACUCCCUCCUUCCUCAUCAACCUCAAAAAAAAAAAUGGAGAAACUUGUAUUCCAUAGAGAACUCAGUAGAAAAAAAAAUCUGAAAAUGACCAACGCUGGAAUAUUUUCAACAGUUGUCAAACACAAGGCAUCGUGGACAUGAAGCAGCAUGCUACACCCCCCAACUCCACUUUUUCCACAGCAAACUUAUCAUCCAACGCCACAACCUCGCAGCUAUCCAUUUCUACCAGAAGAUGGCACACUUGUUUCAAAGCUAAAGACAGACAAGGGCGUGAUAGAACAGCUCAUUUGAUGGAGACAUUCUGGGUUUUUCUUUUUUACAUGAUAUUAUCAGUUCUGAUGAAAAUGGAAAGGUAGAAGGGGGUUUUGCUGGGACUCAGUUUAAGGUACUGUCAUACAGCGGUUACAGAUGUGCAGCGAGUGGUUGUGUUUCAGGGGUGAGAAAAAUGAUAUCUAUUUUGUAAUUCCUUCCCCCACCUGACAGAUGCUCGAGCUAAAUGCAAACAUGCUUCUGUUUCCAGCGUACACAAAUGACUGAUGCCUUUAUCUAAAUGUCUUUGGCCUUUUUUGCCUUCAUUCUUAUUACUCUGCAAGUCACUUAUCAGGUUUGGGACGUGAGUAUUAGCUGUUUUGAGUAUUGAGUGAGGAGCAUGCAAGAUCAUCAUUUAAGUCUAUGCAUUAUUUUUAUUAUUAUAAUUAUUUUUAUUGCUCCAAGCCAUAAGGAAGAUUCCAUUGUAAUGGCAAACAGGAGUUCUAAAACUUAAUGAUUUUUUCUGUUUAUUUGGUACAUUGUAAUAUUUUUUCAUGUAUUGUUUAUUUUUUUUGUAAUGUAUUGCCUUACAUUGAUUCAUAGAUAAAUGGUUCAAAAGGAAAACAUUAAGUUAACAAAUGUAAAACUGCACUGUUUGAAUUGUAAAUUAUUUGUAGAAGACUAAACAGGUGUAGCAUUUGGCCCACCUAGUGCCUUAACCUUUGGAUAUUGAUUUUACUGCCAUAUCUGUUUUUCUUUCUCCUCCAAAACAAGACAAAUCUUAACUCUUCCAUCAUUUAUUUUAUAAAAAAAAAAUCACCACACAUUUGUGGUUCUUGUGUUCUCUGGUUUGAGUAUAUAAAAUAUAUAUAUUAGAUUUACCUCUUUAUGGACACAUUGCAAUAGAUUUAGCGUGUCAAAGCAAACUCCCCACACAGUUCAUAUCAUACGACAAAUUUCGGGAUGGUGUACUAUAAUAUAAGCAAGUCUACCUGUGUCAACUGUUGUCCUUGUUAACAAUUGCAAGUUGUUUCUUAACAUGGUAAUGUCCCGUUAAUGCAAACCCCCCACAAUGUAUAUAAAGAAAGACAUAAGGAUUAUGGAAUACCUCCGCAAUCUUUUUAUUUUUAACUUUUUUUGUUCAGUUAAAAAGCACUGGAACUAUGAUCUACUCUUGUCUUGGAUAAUUUGCAUGGUUAAUUGCAUUGGAGUCCGCACUGAUGGAUAUGUCAAUAAACAUAUCUGUAUCAUUCA